AUGUCGAGACAAGAAGCGAUCGAAGCGGCUUCGUUCACGUCCAAACACAAAUUGACGUCCAAUGGCCGACGGUGCCCGUGUUGUAUGCUCGAAACUCGUCUGCAGAUCGACGACGCGCUGUUCGGCACACCGGCAAUGCGGUGCCUACGCUUCCCACCACAUCCGCACCGCUUGCCCGUGAAUCACCGACGCACACGCAAUGCACGUACCCCGCACCGCCCGCCCGAAAAGUCCGUUAAAUUAUUUCCUUUUUAA